CCCUUCAGCCCCGGAUUUCAAAACUCCCCGCCUUCCUUUUGGAUCAAAUUGGCGGGCACCAUGUUGCUGAAAUUGUUCCAACUCGCAGGAAAUCUAGGAGACCUCGUCGUCGACCACAACCAAUGCAGGAGGAUUACUUCGAUUCCAGUAUGGAUACCUUUUAUCCUGAGGGGAGUCAACCUUUGGUGGGAGAUUCAGAGAAACAUCCACAGAUUCGUCACGAGACUGGAUCCUUUUCACCCCAGCCUCAGCAUCCAGAAACCUUUGAAGAGCUAGAACAGCUUCCCUUUAAGGCCCUGGAAGCUGAACUUUCAGCAAGCACACAACAGAGCCCAGCUGCACUUCUAGGAUCUCCCGAGGAAUCAAAACCUCUGGUAGUUUCAGACUCAGAUUUGCUGUCAAGUACCCCUGAAAAGGGUGAUACUGCUUCAGUCCUGCCAGAAACCCUAGUUCAGCCUACAUUGGCUUCCGAGGAGAGAGGAUCUUCAGUGCCUCAGGAGGUGGAAGCUCAGCCUUUAGAGUCAGGUCAGAGUUUGAAGAAAGUUGAGCCCAUAUCAUCUUUGGUCCAUGAGGUGUCAACGUGGCCUCGAGAGCCAUGGCCUCGAGAGCUUGUAGGUAAACCAUCAGACCAUCCUGAAUAUGUGUCAUCACCAAGUAAGAAUGAAGCUCAACCCUUCAAUGUUCCAAGUGCGAGGGAAACACUUGCAGACAUGACAAUUGACAUGUUUGCAGAGGUCAGUAAUGAGCGUCAGCCUUCUCCCGAGCAGCAGGAGGUCUCAGCUCAGACUCCAAAUGAAGCAACUCCACAACCAGAAACAUCGACAACAUAUCAUUCUUCUCUGACACACUCUUCUGCCCUUCCUGCUGUACGACAUGCUUCAGAAAAGGCACACGUAGAUUUCCCUGAGCAACUGGAACAGAAUGUCUCCAUGACCUUUAACAUAUGUGAGCUCUGUACCUGCACAGAUAAGACCCUCUCCUGCUCCGGUCUCAGUCCAGAGAAGAGGCUCCAUAGAGUGCCUGUGCCAGGGCCCAACACCAACACCUUCACCGUCCUAGAUUUCCAAGGAAACUCUAUUUCUUCCAUUGAUGGAAAUACAUGGAAGGCAUACCCAUGGGUUGAGAAACUAAUACUCAGUGACAAUUCUUUGGCAGAAUUACGUAAGGAUUCAUUUGAAGCCCUUCCAAACCUCAAGUACUUAGACUUAUCCUGCAAUAAAAUACAGUUUAUUGAAAGGCGGACAUUUGAAGCAGUACCGUAUUUGCAAUCUGUGAAUCUUAGUUGCAAUUUAAUCACCGAACUGAGCUUUGGAACGUUUCAGUCCUGGCAUGAAAUGCAGUUUUUACACAAAAUAAUUCUCAGCCAUAAUCCCCUAACAACUAUUGAAGAUUUUUAUCUUUUUAAAUUGCCAGCAUUAAAAUAUCUAGACAUGGGAGCAACACAAGUGCCACUUGCAGCAGUUCAAAACAUCCUCAUGAUGAAUCUUAAAUUAGAAAAGCUGAUCUUACCUAACCAUCUAACCUGCUGCCUCUGCCAAUUUAAAAAUAAUAUUGACGUUGUCUACAAGACAGUCAAACUACGUUGUGACAGUGAAUGUCUUAUCAGCACACACUGUGAUGAAGAAGAAUACAUCAGUAAUAUGGAUGGGGAGUUCAUGAAGGCUUUACUGGCCCGAAAGAAGAGUACCAGCACCGAGCUGACGAUUGAACCAGAGAAGGCCUCAUCCGAGAGAAACAGCCUGUCCCUUUUCCAGCACGAGCACCUAGACAACAGUCAUCAGCGUGAUAUGCUUACUAGACUAGAAUCCAUAAUGUCUUUGUUACAGGUUGGGGACAUAGAUGCAGAAUCAACAUUGUUAUCCUUCAUUAAGUUUCUUUUUAAAGAUGUGCAAGAUGGAGGAAAUCCUCUGGCUCCUUCGAAAACCAGCACGGCUUGGAUUUCUAUACAGCCCGAAUCCAACAGUGAAAUCUACAAUAAGGUGAAAAAAAUCCAUGUUCUCCAAAGUCUGAUCAACACAGAAAUUCAAGAAAAAAUCCACAAAGUUAGAAAGAAGGAGAAAAUUGCCACACAGGUCCGUUCCAGUCUUUUCGGGCCCAAAUUUAAACGCCAACUUUUCCCGAAGAUAUUGGAAACUGUCGGGCCACCAAAGAAAAAACACUUAGGAAAUGUUCAGGAGUGGGAGACGCAACCACUGCAAGGGAGCAGCAUGUUCAGGGAUCCCCAGGGCCAGCAGAAGAGGCACUUCAAAGAAGAGGGCACUCCCCUCAGCCAGAGGCGAGGGAAGGCUUGGUCCGCGGCGGGGAAUAUUGCCCAAGAAAGACGGCAGGGGCAGCUGGCCCCGGAAAGACCGAAAGACUUUAUCUUGGCAGGGAGGCCCAGGAAAUUGGUGGAAAGCUCCUUCAACGAGGAGUCAUCCUUCAUCCAGGAGCACAGGGCGCCGGCCUCCGUGCCCCUGGAACAGCACUCCAUGGGCAGCCUGUCUGCCGCCGCUGCUUUCCAAGUGCCACCGGAGGACGAAAUCCCAUCCAAAGACCUGAAAAGAACUCUACGCGUCUUAGAGGAUGCGGGCGCUCGAGUUCGGAACAUGAAGGUUCCUAGCCCCGGGCCACUCACCGGGAAGAACUACCUGUUUCGUAAACUUUACUCUCAGCUGGGCCGCAGAAUACCCCAGGCCAGAGUGAACACAGCGACAAAAGAAGCAGCACCGCAGAGGCCGGUGCUGGCCAGGAGGCCUCCUUUCGGUGCAGUGAAGAGCCUCGUCAACUCCCCGCCGAGGGGGGGGUCUCUGUCCUGGAGACACCAGGACAAACCUGUCACGGAGCCAUUCCUUUCAUUGCGCUCCAGCCGGGAAAAGAAGACCGCGGAGAGCACGCGUGCUCCAAACGGGGGGGAUGCCAGAAGCAUCGUGCCGCCAGAGAAAACUGCCGGUAUCCAAAGCACUGCCCCUGAGGAGGAAGAGGGGACGGAGGACAGCCUCAUGCCUGCUGUCAGACAGCCCAACGAGAUGCAGUGGGAAUAUCACAAGGUGGCCACCGACAUCGACUCUCCCCCACAGAAACCCGACCCCAGAGACGAACUUGAGAUGCAGCUCAUCCAGAAGUUGCGGCCCCUUAUUCCCAACAGUAAUGUGAGGAAGUUCAUUGCCCAAGUAAUUCGGACUCUGAAAAUGGACUGCUCCGAUCCCCGGGUGCAACUGGAGUGUGCCAAGGUGGUCCACAAAACCGGGCUCCUGAUGAAGCUUCUUAGUGAGCGGCAGGACGUAAAGGUGUCCAGUGAAAAAUGGGAUACGGACCAGUGGGAGGCUGAGAACUACAUCAAUGAGAAUACCGAAGGCCAGGGUGAGCAGAAACAGGCGGAGGCAAGUGAGCUCAUAAAAGUUCCAGGAUAUGUUGUGUACCACAAUCAAAAAGCAGUCGUUGCAAUAAAUGUGGCUGUCGUCGUGAUAUUAUUGGUUUUAAUUUUAUGUCUCAUUGAGAUUUAUUCUUGUAGAGCAAGACAGUGUAAAGAUGGAAGAUCCAGGGAGCUCAGGAAAGUCUUGAAGACAGCAGCACGGACUCCGGAGGAGAAAGCAGCCAAGGAGACCAAGACAGCCAAGACUCCCAAGACCCAGGGAGCACAGGGGACACAGGCACCACAGCGCUCCCCACCACCAAUUGUCCCCCUGGCACGACAGACCAGCGAGCCUCCACAUGGCUCCCUAGAACCACAGAACGCAGAGUCACCACACUCCAUCGGGUCUUCACAGCCCGUCGCAGCACGACAGUCCGUCAAGACUCUGCAGACCCCUCAUGUGCAGCAGAUCUUCAGAUCCCAGGAGAUCCUGUCAUCCCCGGAGAUUUCAGAUCAAACGGAUGAGUAACAAAAGGAGUCUUCACAGGCAGCUGUGGUGUUAGAGGCCCUACAGUGAACACCUCCUGCUUCAUACCACCUGGACAUUUUAUUGUCUGAAGAGCCUCUUGGCAGUUGCUGUAAAAUUCUUCUUUUUCGUAUGUUAAAUACAUACAUGCAUAAGA